CGCCAUGAAGAUGACUGGACACGUCAGGCCACGGCAUGAUGGCGAGCAAGAAGGGGAAGAUAAGUUUCUCCUCGUGGAGGUAUUCACAUUAUUUUCAACUGGAGAGCAGAGGGAAAAACAACAUUUUGGUAACUUGUAGACUGGGUCCCGGUUUAAAAAUACUUUCUACGGCAAGCACCUGUAGAAGCGGCAUGCUUCGACAAAGUUAGCAGCUAAGGUAGCUAACGCAGCAUCCGAGACCGAGUCACAGCAGCGAGCACACGCCCACUCCACCCAAGCAGCAGCGGUUGGAGUUCGAAAGACGGACACAUAGCCAGGCACAACUUGAUAAAACAAUAGUACGCUCACCAGAAAUAGGCAGGCUGGCUUAUUGGGAACCAGGAAGUGACUACGCAUGAAGUGGAUUCAGCACUGAGUGACUCAUCCUCAUACAGAAACGAUCUUAGUCAACAAUGACACGAGGGGACGUCGCUUUGACGGGUUCAGCCGAUAAUUGUCGAAGUUACCCGGAGCCUCACACACACAGGCUUCUCCUUCUCCCGGUGCUGUUUCUCUUACGUCUCUUUGUUCGCCACCGGCGCAGCAACGACACGGUUUUCCUCUGACCUGAAGUUGACGCACUAGUCCGCUGCCUCAUGGUGUGAGGGUGUCAUGUCGGCAGAUAGACACUUGGAGUCGGGCAGCGACGGCAGGAGAGCGGCGUAGCAUCCCACAUCUCCAAGCGGCGGAGGGUUAGCUGCGCUCCGGAUUGACUGGCUGACAGCAGACCGGUGUUCUUUCUCAGCAACAGCUGUUGUUCCAGUGUUAGUCGAACUACGACACGUCUCCUAGUAAAUGUGUCUUGGUUUCACGGACGGAACGUCGAGGCGCGGAGGAGGAAAAACGGUAACUGCGGGUUGAGAAAGACUCCGCUGUUCCUCCCUCAGCCCGCAAUGUGUGGAUGUGUGCAGGAGACAACAACGGUCGGCAGCAUCGCCCCUCGCAUUUAACGACGUUUCAGAGAGCUCUCCCACGCUUGCCCUUCUACGUGGGAAAAUACCACCACAACAACUCUGACCUCUACCUGUAACCCGCCAGAUGAUGACAUCUCCGGACUCCCCCCCCCUUGUCUCCCCUUCGCCAUGUCCCGCUCCCCCUCCGUCUGUUCCCUCCUCCCCUGUGCCCUCCUCCCCAGCCCCGUCCUCUUCCUCCCUCCCUGCUCCACCUUCCUUGCCUCCCACAGGUGAGGUGAUGGUGUUGGCUCUGGGCAGAAAGAAGCAGAGGGUGCUGAUUGCUCUCUCCAUCCUCCCCAACCUCUUUCUGGCCUUUCUGCUUGCGUCCGACUCUCUCAUCACCCUCGCCCCACCCCAUCACUGCCACCUGCCAGGGCCGCCACUAUCACUGGAGGUCCUGAACGCCUCCUUGCCCUGGGAGAAGGUUGCGGGGCCCGGGGACAGCAAGGGCCCAUCCCAGUGUAAGCAGUAUGUCAACGGCAGCCAGUCAGCAGUGGUGGACUGUGAGGCAGGCUGGGACUACAACGUCACUGAGGGGCUGAGGAACAACAUAGUCACCGAGUGGGAUCUGGUGUGUGGUCAGUACUGGCUGGUGCCAGUGGAGGAGGUGUGCUUCAUCCUGGGUGUCCUUACUGGCUGUCUGGGUCUGGGCUAUGCUGCUGACAGACUGGGCAGGUCCAAGACUCUGCUGACCUCCUUGACCCUGUCUGUGGUGUUUGGGGUGCUGGUGUGCGUCUCGCCGAAUCCCCCCAUCUUCAUCGUCAUGCGUUUCUGUCUGGCAGCAGCAAGUGCAGGAGUCUACCUCAUUCUGUACAUCACCCGUCUGGAGCUGUGUGAACCCUCACUGAGGCUGGUGGUGACCAUGCUGGCCGGGCUGAUGACUGUGGCCGGAGAGCUGCUGCUGCUCGCUGUGGCUCUGGGCUGUCAGUCCUGGAGGGGCCUGCUGGGAGCUGGGGCUGCACCGCUCACACUGUUUCUCAGCUAUGGCAUUCCUGGGGUUUUUCCAGAGUCUCCUCGCUGGCUCCUUCUGUCAGAACGAUCUGCAGACAUGAACUCCUUCAGCGAGAGAAGAAAUUCAAGCAGAGACUUGAGGGACGACGAGAGCUUCACAGAGCUGGACUCAGAGCCGACCACCUCCUCCCGCCCCCACCUGUCCUUCCCCGAGCUCUUCCACAGCAGGAACAUCUGGAAGAACCUGUGUGUGCUUGGCUUCACCUCGUUCAUCUCUCAUGGCAUUAGUCACUGCUACAGCUCGUUCCGAGGUGACGUCAGAGGCACCGCCCCCAGUUUCUACUGGAUGUACCUGUUGUCGGUGUGUGCAGGCGGCGGCGCCUGGUUCCUGCUCUGGGCGACCGUGGACAGGUGCGGUCGCCGUGGCAUCCUGCUCCUCUCCAUGACGAUGACGGGGUUGGCCUCUUUGAUCCUUCUCGGACUCAUGGAGUACCUCAGUGAGACGGCCAUCACGGUUUUCUCAGUGCUGGGCCUGUUCUCCUCUCAGGCCACUGCCUCCCUCUGCAUCCUCUUCACUGCAGAGAUCAUGCCCACCAUCAUCAGGGGCAGCGGCGUUGGCGCUGUCCUCGCUCUGGGCUGUGUCGGCCGCCUCAGCUCCCCGCUCAUGGACCUGAGGAACCACUAUGGCUACUUCCUGCACCACGUGGUCUACUCGUCUCUGGCGCUGUUGGCCGUGCUGUCCAUCCUGCUGCUGCCCGAGAGCAAGAGGAAACCGCUGCCGCAGACGCUGGCCGAUGGGGAACAGUACAGGCGCCCCCCGCUGGGCAGGAGGAGGAGGGACAAUGUGCCGCUCCUCGCGACACCCAACCCAGAGACUUAAAAGACAAAGAGACAGAGGGGAAGGACUGUGCUGACUGACAUCAGUCAGUGUGGCGUGCAGCCGGAACAUUUACAUCUGUCAGGUUCCCGCAGAGGAGCAGUGCAGAAAGAUGGACGGAGAGAGAGAGAGAAAGAGGUUGAGAUUUCCUGACAUAUACUGUAGACCUCUAGUCAUUUCAAACACAGGCUGAUGAUUGAGCAGCCAGUGUUUUUCAUCUUUCUGUUCAGAUGUGGUGUGAAUGUGUCAGAACACACACACACACACAUACUGUACACACACACUCACUAAGUAUCUUUAGUACAAUCUCCUCACAACAGGCGGUGGCUGCUCCCCCACACGGCCUGUGACAGAGAGGUUAGCUGCUUUCGACUCACGGCCCAGAUGCGACAAAGCUCAGAGAGUAGUCGCAAAUUCCUUUUUUAGAGUGCAUCUAAAAACUGCAUAGACUCUUUUUUUUUUUUUGUCUUUGUUGUGUAUGACGACACUAAAUGUGAAAACUCACAUAAAGGUUACCAUUCCGAACAGAGAAGGACUCUGACAUACAGUAUGCUGUCACUCCUGACAGGAUUGUGGGUGACACUUGCCUUGUAAAUACUCUAGACUUAGUUUCUUAAACUUGUGUGGCUGUUUGAGUUUUGGAGACUGUAUGCACACUUGCACAGUUUGCGAUAAAGCAGAGAGGAUUUUCACUGAUGUUUUUUUUGGAAGAGAUGAAGGUUAAUUUGACCAGUCUUCAAAUUUAAGGAACAGUUUUUAAACUUAAAUCAACAUUUCUUUUGGAUCAGAGACAAAAAAGGGAGAACAAAAACGUCCUUAAAUGAAAAUCUUUAUCUUCACUCUGCAAUUACUGAAUCUGGCCUGGAGCCAGCUAUAUUUAAAACCUAAGUUAAUAAGCAUAAUCAAUAAAUUAUAAAGAGUUUUUAAAAUGUUGGUAAUAAGCUAUAUAUUGCUAAAUUGGCAUGAAAAAAGCUUACGUUUCCUGACUUUCUGAUCUCCUAACAUUGCUAUCUGCAUGUUUAGAGGAACUUGAAGGGCUUUUUUUUUCCUCCUCUUGUUUGGUUCAGUAAUUCUCUACAUGGCCACUUAGCUGUAAAAGAAUAAGACGGGUACAAAUGAACAUUAGAAGUUAAACACUGACUUUUGAGUAAGUAGACGCAGAUUUUGGGACGGACUGUGAACGUGUUAGUCCCCUGUUGUUUGAACUGAAUGUGUAUCAAUGCUGGAAAAAAGGGCCCAAUGAUGAUGACGCUCCAUGAAGUGAGACUUGGAGCUGAAGAGGGCCCGGAGCUUCCAAAUGAACCCCCCUACUCCGCCUCAGCCGCACACCAAAGAUGACUGUUACCUUCUUUGUUUUGAGUCUGUCGGCUGAUGCCUGUUCUGAUCUGGUUAAUUCUUGUUUUGCGAGUGUGUGGCAGUAAGAGGACAUGAGUGAGAGGGGGGUUUGAUUUGAGGAGUCACUGAAGGACACCGAAACCUCUGUUAACCUUUCAGUAGUUCUUGAUUUUAUCUGUAUGUUGCACUCGACACCAAACACUUAUACUACGACUAUUAACCUGGCUCGAGUAAUAUUAUAUCUGACAACACUGAUGGUCUGUGAUGCUGUUAACUCUGUAGCCUGAUUUCAUGUCAAAUUAAAACUUGUUACAUAAACAAA